CAGGGGUUUGAACAAUGGAGCUGGGAAUUGUUUAGGUUUGGUCAGGUAUAAAAGAAAGGGUUAAACCAAGUAGGAAUCAGUUCAGGAGCAGCAACCAGCAGCACAGUGAGCAAACAUGUCCACCAGCAUGAACAUGGGCAGGAUCGUCUUCUACGAGGACAGGAACUUCCAGGGUCGUUCCUAUGAGUGCAGCAGCGACUGCGCUGACAUGUCCUCCUACCUGAGCAGGUGCCACUCCUGUAGGGUUCAGAGCGGCUGCUUCAUGGUCUACGACCGCAACAACUACAUGGGAAACCAGUACUUCAUGAGGAGGGGAGAGUACUCUGACUUCCAGAGUAUGAUGGGAAUGACUGAUAUCAGGUCCUGCCGCACAAUCCCCAUGCACAGAGGAUCCUACAGAAUGAGGAUCUACGAGAGAGAUAACUUCGGAGGUCAGAUGCACGAGAUGAUGGACGACUGUGACUCCAUCAUGGACCGUUACCGUAUGUCCGACUGCCAGUCCUGCAACGUGAUGGAUGGCCACUGGCUGAUGUACGAGCAGCCCCACUUCAGAGGCAGGAUGACUUACAUGAGGCCUGGAGAGUACAGGAACUUCAGAGACAUGGGCAUGAGUGGCAUGAGGUUCAUGAGCAUGAGGCGUAUCACUGAUAUGUGCUAGAUAUGUUAUGUUGACCAAAUAAAAGUGAUUGAUAAUCCGUAACAA